UCCGGAAGUUCAACCAAGCGUAUACUUAAUUGAUCAUAACUCAGUCUAAAGUUAUCGAAACACAUUAAUCUUGAUAUCAUUCGACUCACUUGAAUUGAUGCGUCAGAAUAGCAAUACCCUAAUAGUUUCGAAUUCUUACUCCGAAUUUGACUUGGUCGAAUUCGAGUCCGGGGUUCGAAAUAAACAAAUUCUAAGCUCAUAUUCGGACUCAGCACACUCGAUUACCUACUGGCAGACCUCAAAAAUAUCGAAAAAGUACUUCUACCACAUUUUUUUCUAGGGACCAGUAAAGCUGAAGAUUACCGGAAGUUGGACUUUUAUUUUUUCCGAAGGCCAGAGAUUUUUUGUGAUUCUGAUGUGAACAGAUGUAUUUUGAUUUAUUUAAUGUUCUCCCAAAAUAUAAUUUUCAAAAAACCCCUCUCAGACUCCAACAACCCUUUAAUUAUCAUUUUUUUCCAUUUUUGUCUAUUUUCGUUAAUUUUUGCCUUUUUCUUUUUUAUCAUUUUCUACGGAAGUAAUCAGUUAACUAAAUUAGUUAAACUAAAAUUAGAAACAUUGUAAAUAAUAAAUAAAUAUAUAAAAAUGGUGUCCAAUAACCCCUUAUUCUCUAUUCUCUUUCUUGAAUUUUUAAUUUUUUUAGAUCAUUUAAAAAAUAUUUCUCCUUUAUUCAUUUAAAUGGCAGAAGCUAGAAAUAUUGCAGCAUUAAAUGUUUCUGUAACACACGAUGGAAUUUCUGUUACUUAUGAUCAGGAAUUGUUAAAAGAUAUUUGGCAUACAUUUUCGCGUUCUUAUAAAAGAAGAUUUGCGAGGUUUAAGAACAAUUUCACUGCUGGAAUAUUCCCUGCCAAUAUUCACUCUCUUGGCCUUGUAGUUGGCGUUGUUUCUUCUUGUUAUCUUCUUUGGGAUAUUGAUGCUACUGGAGUUAAUUUGACACGUUUAUUGGAUAAAUAUGUUCUCUACUAUUUGUUUGGGAAUGGAAAUUAUUCGAGGACUAUAGCGUCGGUUCUGUCUGGAUCAAUUUCUUGGUUUUCAUUGGUCCAAACCUUCCGCCUCAGUUUGAAGUGGUUCCUCUCCUAUCGUGGAUGGAUGUACGAGUCUGUCCACGAUGGAAAAGCAAUUUCCCUUAGCACCAAAAUUUGGUUCAAGUCUUUGCAUGUUGUUGCUGCUUGCAAGCCGAUAAUGCAUUCAUUUCAAGGAGCUUUGCCUCAUUUGCCUCUUCCCAGUUUAAAAUGUACACUUGAAAAGCAUCUCCGUUCUAUGCGCCCAAUCUUAUCUGAUGAAGAAUUUAAUGAACUUACUAUGCUUUCUGAAAAAUUUCAAAAAGGAUUGGGUCCUCGUCUUCAGCGUUAUCUCUUCAUUAAGUCUUUGCUGUCGAGCAAUUAUGUUUCCGAUUGGUGGGAGAAGUAUGUUUAUCACAAACAACGCUCACCCAUUAUGGUCAAUUCGAAUUAUUACGGGUUUGAUACUCUUAAUCCCACUCCGACUGAUAAACAAGCUGCUAGAGCUGCAAACAUCACUUGGGCUGCAUUAUUGUUCCGUAGGAUGAUUGACAGGCAGGAAGUUUCUCCGUUCGCAAUAAAUCCACGCAGCAAAGUGCCUUUCUGUACUAAUCAAUAUACUCGUCUUUUCAAUUCUUGCCGAACCCCAGGAGAGGAUUGUGACAAUUUCCGCGUUUGGGAUGAUUCAAAACACGUUGCUGUUUACCACAAAGGAUGUUGGUUUAAAUUGAAUGUUCACACUGGUGUUCGACUUUUGGAGCCAUGUGAACUCCAAUUAGCCUACCAAGAAAUUUUGGACAGUGCCUUAGUCCCUUGUGAAGGUGAACAACAAUUGGCGGCACUCACAGCUGGACGACGUGAUCAUUGGGCGAGAGUUAGACGUGAACAUUUCUCUAGUGGAAUUAACAAAACUUCAUUACGAGCAAUUGAAAGGGCUGCUUUUGUUGUUAUCUUGGAUGAUGAAUAUGUUUGUUAUGAUCCUGAAGAUACGUCCAAACUUGAUCGUUGGGCAGAAAAUCUUUUGCAUGGCAAAGGUUAUGAUCGUUGGUUUGACAAAUCAUUCAAUUUAAUUAUUUCACCAAAUGCUCGUAUUGGAAUUAAUGCUGAACAUUCUUGGGGAGAUGCAGCAGUAACUGCUCAUUUUAUGGAAUUUGUUGUCCUCAAAGAUUUGUGUCUUCACGGUUAUGCAGAAGAUGGAAAUUGUAAAGGAACACCCCAAACAAUUUUACACCCAGAAAGGCUAAAUUGGUCAUUAGAUAAAAAUUGUUUGGAACAAAUAAAAAUUUCUUUGGAAGAGGCACAAAAAUUAAUUGAUGAUGUGGAAAUGGCUUUGCUAGUUUGGACUGAAUAUGGGAAAGGAUUUAUUAAAAAAUUGAAAAUAUCUCCUGAUGCGUUUAUGCAAAUGGCUUUGCAAUUGACUUAUUUUAAGAAUCAAAGCAAAUUUUCGUUAACUUAUGAGGCGUCAAUGACCCGUCUUUAUCGUGAAGGAAGAACUGAAACAGUUCGUUCUUGUACUGUUGAGUCUUGUGAUUUUGUGCGAGCAAUGUUGGAUGAAAAACAAACGAGAGAAGAGCGUCUUCGUUUGCUUCGCGUUGCCGCUGAUCGACAUCAACAACUUUAUCGUGAUGCAAUGUGUGGAAGGGGAAUUGAUCGUCAUUUGUUUGCUCUUUAUGUGGUUAUGCGUUAUUUGGAAGAGAGUUCGCCUCUCUUUGAUAAGAUUUUCCCUCCACAAUAUUUACUGAGCACUUCACAAACUCCUCUCAAUCAAUGUGAAGUCGAGUGCCCAACUGUUGAAAUGAAAGAUAAAUUAAAAUUGGUUAGUGCUGGAGGAGGUUUUGGGCCAGUUACGGAUACUGGAUAUGGAGUUUCUUAUAUAAUUGCUGGGGAAGACCAAAUUUCUUUUCACAUUUCAUCAAAGAAGAGUGCUGAAAAUACUAGCUCCAAAAAAUUCCGAGAAGAUUUAAAAUCGACUUUGCGACAAAUGCGGGAAUUGUUUGCAUAA